CGAUGAAGUAUCGAAUAUCUCCAUAUCUUAACAUUAGUGUACUGUUUUGAACUGGGGUUGUCUGGAACAAGGAGCUGUCACGAUAACAUAUCGACUGUCAAAACGUGACUUUAGCGUUAAGUGGAGUAGUGUAUGGGUUAUUUGUUAUUCUAGAAUUUCAUUUGUUGAUUUAAAUUUUAAUAACAUGCAAUAAACUUUCGUCAGCAGUAUAAUUACGGAUUACUUGAUCCACUCGAUAAUUUUAUCCGUCGCCAAUAAAGAUCCGACGUAAUGUACAGAUUUGUUUAUAGUUUCGCAAAUAUGUUGUGUAUAAACCCUGCAUAAUGGCAGAAGACUGCACUGUAGUACGUUUUGCAAGGGACCCUUCGCAGGUCCGCAUCGAAACCCUCAAACGUCAAGGCGAGUCGCCCGACAAGUUUUCGGACGCCGCGAAAUUUGGCCCCUUCUAUGCUUUUUGCAUAGCCCUAUCGAUUGGGACCUACAUCCUAGAUUUGGUGUUAGCGAUCAUAUUAUUGUAUUUUUAUACUGUGCACGGGUAUGGCUUGUAUUUUGCAUUAACCCUGUCAUUUAUGGUGAUUCCUGCUUUGUUUAUGUCUACAAUUAGUCUACGAUGGUAUAUAAUAGACCAUGAUGACGCCUCUUUAGGGCAUACUUCUACAAUACAAUGGUCAGUGCGGAUGAUCUUCCUACUCCUACAACUUGCACCAUUGUUGCGCUACAUUGAUACACUUAUAUAUGGCAUUAGGAGCAAAAUUGCUGCUGCAACUGAUAAUGAAACCAAACAUGCCAUCCUCUAUAGGCGGAUGCUAGAUGAAGAUACAAACAGUGCUCUCUUAAGACUGUUUCAUACAUUUCUACAUUCUGCUCCACAAGCUGUUAUACAAUUAGUGUUUCUACUAUGGCAAAUUGGGCAUCCUGAUAACCAAGAGCUAAAUAUAAAAAUAGCAGUUUUACAAGCAUGGACAGUGCUGUCAGCAUUGAUGUCAAUAGCAUGGUCUUUGACAUCAUAUCAUAGGUCUGUCAGGUAUUCCAGGGAUGACAAGGACAAAAUCAAAUGGACUGGACUGCUAGUAAACUUCUGCUGGCAACUUAUGAGUGCCUUAUCCCGAGUAUUGGCCCUAUCCCUACUAGCUUCCGUAUUCCCUGUUUGGGUCUGCUGUGUCUGCGCCCUCCACUGGGGAGUUUGGUGGGCAUGGUUGGCGUUAGGCCAGCACCAGACAGCGGCGUGCGGCAGCAGAUGCGACGAAAUCAUGCUAAGCGCUGCGCUGGGCUUGGCGUAUGUCGUAGCGUUCGUAUCGCCGAGAGACGGGCCUACUAGAUAUGUCUAUUUAGCGUAUUACCUGGUGUGUUUUAUGGAGAAUACGGCUGCCUUGGUUGUGUGGUGUGUUGCGAACAACUCCGUUGAAAACCCUCUGCUGUAUUACGGCGCCGCAGGAGGUCAAGUUGCCACAUUCAUGCUAGCCAUUUCAUUCCUGCUCAUCUACUACAAGUACUGCCAUCCGUCGUUGGUAAACCGAUCAAAAAUCCCCUGCUCCGACUCCGACUAUUUGGAUUCCGACAAGCCAGGAUACAGCAAGUCCUACAAUGUACGGACUCGAUCCUGAUCUAUAGUGUACGUUUAAGUGAUACGUACGGAGUAGUUAAGAAAUGUGAGCAUGUAUUUGAAAGAUUUUAGAGAGCUUUCAAAUACCGCACGCGUGAACCUUAACUUUGUUUGACAUUUAAGCCGAUGAUUCAUAAAGAAUGUCAGAAAAGCUUAACGUUAACGGUUGUGCGGCGUAUGUGCUUGUUAAAACUAUUGUUUGAUAAUUCGUUAAAAUUAUCUGAAGGAUUACAAGAAUUAAAUAAAAGGAGUUUGGAACUGUGUUAAGGGAAGUGUUUUUAGAAACGGCUAAAUCUAAUCUGUGUCAAAAUAUUUUCAAUGCAUCAUAACGUGAAAUCAAAUAAAAGUUAGGCAGAACUACUUAGCAUGAAACUAAAAAAAUAUGCGUUAUUCAAGACUGGAAUUUGAAGUGUUGGUGUUCUAGUUCAUAUGUUGCGUAAUGUACCGCAUAAACAACUUAUAAAUAUUGCUAAGACAUUAAACUGAUGAUGACGACAUUUCGCAAAUACACGUGAUUCUAGUUCGAGGUAGGUUUUUUGCAUAAGUUUGAUGGAUAUGUCAACCAAAAAGGACAUUUUACAAAAAAAUUAGUUUUGAAUGUUCGAUAUUGAUCAAAAAGAAUUCAAACUAAUUUUUAGAUGUUAUCAUAUAACUGCUUUUACAUUCCAUGAUCUUUCAGUUAAUUUUUCUAUGCUAUCCGUAAGGUGGUGGUAUAUUAUAUUUAUAUAUCAACGGUUAUAAUCGAUUCGGAAAUUUGUGUAAAAAUUGACGACUUCGUUUAAACAAAAGAGAAAGGAGACAAGUUAGGCAAAAGUAUUGACACAAUGUCGCAGACCGUUUGGCAUCUCAUAAUCUUCCUUGAUCUUUUCCACUGACAUUAUUACGGUCUCCAGACUUCACAGAUUAGACAAAAUAGACUUACUGACUUUGAGGUCAAAGAUCUCGCUUCCAGUAGAACAUAAUAGAUUUAGUGAUCAUAUAAGAUUGGUUAAUGACUUAUGCAUUCAAAGUAUAAUCAACUUGCCCCCAUAAUACUUUAAAAUGUCAUUUGAGACACGACUGACAACUCAUGCAAUAUACCAUUAUUUCAAUUGACAACACAAUUUCAAAAACAUUAAAUUAUUUUUACAUAAUUUUAUGAUACACAGGUUAUUGUAUAGAAGGGGUUGCUAUAAAAUGCAAACAAAUAUCUCACAUACUUUCUUUCGUUUGACAUAAAGUAGCAUUUCAAUAUAAAAGUUGUCAGCCAUGUUUGACAGAUAAUGUCCAAACUAUCCUUCAAUGCAAUUUAUCUAGCGUUUUGUGGUUAAAACAUGUGACUGUCUGUGGCCUUUAUUGAAGAUCACUGUAUUAAUGGAUUUUACCUCCUGAACUUUUUCAGGAUGAAUAAAAAAUAAAGUUGUCUCACAUUUCAGACUGAACUUCAGAGAACGCUCAUUUAAGUACAGGGUGUUUAAACAUUUAACAUAGAUAUUUUGUAAAAAUUGAAUAUAACACUAGUAAUAAUACAGGUGUUGUCCUUCUGAAUUAACUUAACUGUCCUUUUAUGUAGUUGAUUCAUUGAUUGACACUUGACAAUGAUCUGUACUGCAGUACGAAAACAAAAAACACUCUGAAUUGAUCCAGGAACAGCAGCAUAUAAAUUCUGAGAAUUCGUGUAUUGGCAUAGACACAUUUCAUUUGCUAUAUCUUGAAACGUGUAUAAAAAUAUCUCGCCUAAAUUAUAAAGUAAAAUUAACUUUUAUAUUCAUAUAUUAUGAUAAAUUUCAAAUAUGCCACAAAUAUGAAUGAGAACCUGCGCUUCUCAUUAGAAAGAUUAACAAAUGUUUUUAAUUUUUGUACUGUCAUUUGCAAUGUAUAAACUAUGUAACAGUACUGGAUUAUCUACUAUCAAAUCGAAUAAAAUAGUGAGCAAGCAUUUAACAGUCUGUGUAUGUAUAUAAUGUAUAGUCUGUUGCUUUGUACUAAGUAUAUUUUUUAACAAUGUUAGAUGUCUAUACAAGCAUUAUUUUUUGUAUUAACGUAUUUCCAAUACUGUAGUUGAAUUUGAUAUAGUUUGCAUUAUUAGAUGUUUCAUUCGUCAAAAGUCUUGACUUUUAAUUUAGAAAAAGUUUACUUCGAAAAAGGGUUUCAAUAGUUUUUGCAUCAGAAUGAUGAAUUUACCGGCUAAAAAAUAUUUUUUAUAAUCGUCUUUCUGAACCUGGAAAAUACUUUAAGAAAUGAUAAUUAAACUUUUUAUUCUUUUUCAAUAAGUUUUGCAUACAAUAUGUGUACCAAAUUACUAAAUAGCGUGGGCGAAUUGCAUGUACUGUUAUUGUAGCAUCUUUUCACCUACUAGUUAUUUAGAGCCGAGGUUAACGUGCAUGUUUUUUCAAUCAGUAUUACGAAAAAAUAAGGCUUUAAUUUAGUUAUGUUUGUUAUGAAAUUUCUGGAUAUUGAUUUUGUACAAAAUGCUUAUCUUUGGUAUUGACCAAUUUUGGGUGUAUAAGUGAUUUGUUGCCUUCUUGAAAGUGCUACUUUCUACUUGUGAUAUUCCGCAAGAUUUAAGUCGGUGAUAUAACAUACAGGUCUGUACUUACAUACCUUAGAUGUGAUGAACAAAUAUGUAAAUUAAAAUAUCUAUAAAGAGGCACAUAUAUAUUGUUGGUCUGCAAAGGAGAUAACAAAAUAUGUGCACAAAUGAAGCUUUAAAUGUUAAAAAUUAUUGAUCGUUGGAGCCUAAAUAUCUAUUGCCCUGUUGAUGUUUGCUGUGUAGUUUGUAUAAUUGGCAAUUAAAUCGAGAAAUACCAUCAUAGGUACAGGCUUUGUUAUAUUAAAAAAAAACUGCUGUUGAGGUCAAGUUGAAGCUCAACACACUAUAGGGAAAACCAAAUUUGUCUGACGGCUUAAGUGCAAUGUGUACGAGAGAGAAGCGCGAGAAGUGUGAAAGAGAGAAGCCGACUGAAGAGCGAAGUUCAUCACCACAUUGCCCAGCGACGGUGACACUGUGUGUCACACCAGAACAUGUUCGCACAGGCUUUUACAAUAGGUUAGGUUACUGUCAAGAAGGAGGUUUUCAUUAAAAUUAUUUAUUUCAAUGUUGAUGCGACUUAGUGUUUUAAUUUAUUUUAGAAUUAUCUACACAUCCUGCGUAAUUUUUGCAUUUUGCAACAUAUCUUUCUAUUAUGUGUCUAUACACACUUCUCUCUCAUACACAUUGAACUCAGCCGUCAGAGAAAUUUGGUUCGCAGUGUAUACCAUGAUUGACCUCAUAAUAUGGCCGCUGGUGCACUAGUAUCGCACCCAUAUACAGGCGAAAAUACAAUUGCAACUGAGUUUAAGUGCCGGUAUGCUAGGCUGUCAAAUUUUUCAUAUAGUGAAGAAAUGGAAAUGGUAGAUCUGAUAAAUAUGUAGAUGACAUUCAUUUUGACAUUUCACAUAACGUCAUCCAUUUUGGUAAGUUACUAAUGUAAUUUUUUCGUCGCGUCAUGGCGUUUAUUGAGGCAAACCUCGUUAUCAGCAAGUGACACCUUCAUUUAUGUUAAGUCUUGUUGGCAACAGUCAAUCUGAUGAAACUGGGAACCAGAAUCAGAACUAUUUAUACCAAAGACCAAUAAAAAUUUUGCAUACAUUAAAAGACUGGGAAUUUUUUAAACAAUAAAAUAUAUGAAGCACACAUAGAUUACAAAAAACCACAACAAAAUAUGGCUACAAAACAUCCUCCACCAUUAAUACUAAUUUGUCUACAAACCCGUCAAGAGUUGAACUGUCACUUAAUGGUAUGGGGUAUUUUUAAUGUGACUAGAUUAUUAGCUGUUAUUUUAUGACAAGUUUUGCUGUGAUGAAGUAUUGAGAAAAAUAUUUUAAUUGUAUUUUCCUCCUUAUAAGUGUGAUGCUAUUUCUCCAGUGGUGAUCGUAUGUGCAUGGCCAAUAGCCAUGAGUAGAUUUCACACUGCUUGUUUCAAAUUUUGUCAUCAAAGCUAACUUCUUUUUUUGUAUUUCAAAUAUAAGAUAAUCUAAAUAAUUUUCCAUGCCAAAUAAAGAAUACUGUUGUGCGGAUAUUUUACAGUUUAAAUAAAUUUAUGAUUUUUUUUGCUCUUAAACACAGCGUGUGCCAUGACUAGAUUGUUUUGUAAUUAAGCUCAAAAUAGUUUGAGCCACUUUUGAAAUUUGCUGUUUUAAUACUUGACUGCCACAAGAGUAAUUAGUAUACUUCGAAAAUGCCUAAAAAUUCAAUGUAAGGGAACAAUAUUAAAACACAUUAUUUUGUAUUAUAAUAGAUUUUACUGUACAUUUCGUAUUUUAAGUGUUGAUAUUUUCUUAAAUAAACCUAAUAAGAAACA